CAACGCCCGCUGGAGGAGUCCCAGCGUAAAAAAGGUCCGGGAGAAGUGUCAGCGGCCGGGAGUGGGACUCUGCAGCGCAUUCUUUCCGUGCCAGCGGCUGUCCCCGCGGCUGGGCGGGCUAGGGCAGGGGAAAUGUUGCAGGAGGAGUCCGACCUGUCUCUUAUCAUUGCCCAGAUAGUCCAGAAACUCAAGGGCUCCAAUUUGUACGCUCAGCUGGAACGGCAGGCCUGGGCCUGCCUUCAGAGACCCGAGAUCAGACUUGAGUCACUCAAAGAAGAUAUUAAGGAAUUCUUUAAAAUAUCAGGUUGGGAGAAGAAACUUCAGAAUGCUGUUUAUAGUGAACUGAAUGUGUAUCCUUUGCCCAGUCAUCCUUCCGCACCUCCUGAGCAUCUCAAAGAGCCUUUGGUGUACAUGAGGAAAGCACAGGGAAGUUGGGAAAAAAGAAUCUUGAAGAGUUUAAAUAGUAUGUGCACUGAACUGAGUAUCCCAUUGGCACGAAAGAGACCAGUUGGAGAACAGAAAGAACUUCUCAAUAAAUGGAAUGAAAUGGGAACCGAUGAGCCAGAUUUAAGCCUUUUUCGACCUGUUUAUGCACCUAAGGACUUUCUUGAGGUAUUAAUUAAUCUCCGCAACCCAAAUUAUGAAAAUGGUGACUCUCUUAGUUUUAGGAGUCAUUUGGGUUUAAUCCAAGUUCCUCUGAAAGUAAAAGACAUCCCUGAAUUGAAAGAAUGCUUUGUAGAACUUGGCUUAAAUACAGGCCAACUGGGUAUAGAUGAUUCUACACAAGUGCCUCCUGAACUUUUUGAAAAUGAGCAUGUGCGUAUUGGGCAAAAAGUUCUAGGGCAGCAGGACAGUGCUGCUGCCCAGCAGUACAUCCGACAAGGAAGUCCCACGGCACUGAGAGCUGAACUCUGGGCGCUCAUUUUGAAUAUCUCCAGUCAACCCGAGGACAUCCUGUAUUAUGAGCAACUUAAGACCAACGUGAUACAGCAUGACCUUUUGGUGGACAGUCUAAUUUAUAAAGAUGUGAAGCUGACAGCAAGCAACGAUGAUUACUAUUUUGUAUUUGAAGAUUAUUUAUAUCAGGUGUUACUUUGUUUUUCACGGGAUACGUCUGUACUGGGCCACUUUGCAUACAACAGUGCUUCGCCGCCGAAGUCAUACAUCAGAGGAAAGCUAGGAUUAGAAGAAUAUGCUGUCUUUUAUCCACCAAACGGUGUAAUCCCUUUCCACGGAUUUUCCAUGUAUGUUGCUCCACUGUGUUUUCUGUAUCAUGAACCUUACAAAUUGUAUCAGAUAUUCCGGGAGAUGUACGUCCGCUUUUUCUUCCGACUCCACUCCAUUUCCUCACACCCUUCUGGUAUUGUAUCACUGUGUUUGCUGUUUGAGACCCUUCUUCAAACGUACCUUCCCCAACUCUUUUAUCAUCUUCGAGAAAUCGGCGCUCAACCACUUCGUAUAUCAUUUAAAUGGAUGGUUCGAGCUUUUUCUGGAUACUUAGCUACAGAUCAACUCUUGCUUUUGUGGGAUAGAAUCCUAGGAUACAACUCUCUGGAAAUUCUUGCUGUGCUGGCCGCUGCCGUGUUUGCCUUCCGAGCAGUGAACCUGAUGGAGGUGACAUCACUGGCUGCAGCUGAAGCAGUUCUGGCCGACCUUUCUACUUUAAAAGUUAUGCCUCUUCUUCAGAUUUUUCUGUUUGCCACUGUCACCUGAUCUUGGAGGUCACUGAGAACACAUCUAGUUUUUCAUUAGGAACUAAUCAUGAACUAUGCAAACUCUGCAUACAACCAAAAUUAAACUCUGCACACAAGCCAAUAAAGAUCAUGUUCCCUCCUCAGUUAAUGCUAAGAAGUUGUUCACUUCUGAGACAAUAGUCCUCCACACCAAAUACUGCAUUUGCAUGCUGAUGAUUGUCAAGAGAGAAGCAAUAGACACCUCUUCUGCUGAACCGAGCAUCCUACAUGCACAGAUUGCUAACUUGUAACAGGCACGCACCAUAUAUGCAAUAAGAACUCAAGGCACUGUAAUAAACUUCAAGAGGUAACACAGCUUCUUGUCGGUUUGUAAACCUCUCCCCAGAUCAUAGUUCUGUUUUACAAAUUGCUCCCCACUAAAGCCAAUGAUGGGAUAGGACAUGAAAAGGCUUGGAAAUAUAAUGCAUUUCCAUGGCAAUUCAAAUGUGCUUCGUUACUUUUUUUUAUCAACUUUUAUGAUGGAUUUUCAGAUCCCUUCCAUUUUAUUUCUCCAUUAAACAACUCUAUUUGAAAAAUUUAUACAGCUAUCUCCAUCCCAUAAUUUUUUGUUGUUGUUUUUUUGAGAAAGUGUUAUAUAGCCCAAGCUCUCCUCAGAUUCACUGUGUAGCAGAGGAUGACUGAGUUCCAUCCAGAUCCUCCUGUCUCCAUCUGCCAAGUGCUGGGAUUACAGGUGUGUUCCACUCCACCUGCCUCCAUCGUGUAAUAGUUUAUCCUUCACUCUGGAAGUAAGAAAUGUAUAGAGGGCUCCCUUGCAUCCCCGAAACCUUCUGUCUUUUACGUAGAAGCCUUGACACUGCUGAGGCAUGGUGCCAGAGUCUGUUUCCUUGGGAGAAUCCAAGGAGGAUGAAAUCAAAACCACAGUGGCUUUGCUGAAGCUCGGUCCUUCCAGAUUGACUUCUGGAGCAGAACAGCUCAGAGGCACCACCAGUAUUCAUCCAUUCUAGAACUGAAGCCAUUAUUCCAGGCAUCGGGUCUUAUUUUAGUGUUUAUUAUGAGCAAAAGGUUUUGAUUUAUAUUACUUUAGUGACAUACCAUUUGAGUAUAUGGAAUAAUAGGAUGUGAAAAAAACCAUUGUCUUCCAAUUUUAGAUGAAAAUUGAAGAUGCUGAUCACUCUAAUAAAGCUCAAAUAAAUCAAUAGAUGGAUACUCUCCUUAUCUGAAUUUCAUUAAGUCUCAUCCAAAUGUAUCUUGCAAAAUUGUUAUUCUCCCCGCAUAUAUUAGGAAAAGUAUGAAAUUCAACAUAAUACUUCAAGUGUGGUAAAAUUAAGUAUGAGGGAUUUACUGAAAAAUCUAAAUUCUCUUCUUCAUCAGGUACCUGCUGACUUCCUAAAGACUAAACAGUUUAUUCUGUGAUUGAUUCCUAAUAAACCCCCAUGUUAUUGUUGUUGAAAGUGACACAUUCAUGUCAUAUGCCUUGCCAUUGUGCAUGUCCAGAUGCACCUCCAUGGAGGGGACAAGCACGAUUUCAGAGCUAGUGUCCCCUCCCUUUGCCACAGUGGCAAAAAUGUUAGGGAGCAGUUGUGUUUUAGAUGAAUUAGUAGAUGUGUACUGACAUGACCAUCUUUAAAUUUUUUAAAGAAAAAUAUAAACUUAUUAGUUUGUCUGAUACACUGGAUUAGAGACUUCUGCCCUGAAUACAUGUUCCUAAAUAAUUAGAUCUCUAUUAUUAGCAAUUGAUAUGGAAAUCAGACAGACAGUAACAAAUGAUUAUUUCUGCUGUGUUUGCCUUACAAGAUUGUAAAGGACCACAUGAGAGAAUAUAUCUGAAAGUGAUUUUUUUUUAUGUGAAACACCAAUUAAAUAUGGUAUUAUUAAUUUUUAUGUGACAGCCUAAGGUCAACUGCUGGAAGGUGACAUAUGAAGAAUGCCCGGCUUCAUUGGCACGAGUUCUUUAUUUUGUGACACCUUGAGAUUAUGUCUCUGGAGAAAUGAAUCAUUACAUGACAGAUGCUUUCAAUCAGUGCAGUUAGCUCUAGCCAGUAGCUCUGAAUCUUAAUCCCAAACCAAAGCUGGUAGGCAACUUCCCGCUUUGCCAUGACGGCAAGCCCCUGGCAGGCUGCUCUUAGCUGCUGGUUAUGCUGCUGGCUAAGCACUGUAGAGAGAGCAAUCAGGUCGUCUUCCCACUGCAUCCCUACCUGCCUCUCUUCAUACUGCCUCACUUGGCUUCCUUCUGCGGGCAUUCUCCUGUGCCAUCUCUGAUCAAACCACUGACACCCCCUUCCCUCCUGCUUGGUCAGUGACCACAGGGGUCUGAGAGACUAGUGUGUGGUGCUAAUGGUCAUGGGCACAUAGUGAAGCAGCCUCACAGGAAGUUGUGUUUGGUUCUUUUGAACUCAGUCCACAAACAUGCACCAUGGCUUUGUGUCUGGAAGAGCCUGUCUGAGCAUCUUUGGAUCCGGAUGCUUUGAUACUGCAGUUUCCUGGCUAACUGAAAUUUCCAUCUUGGCUUAACUGCCUAGUGUGUCUUGCUCAACCUGGACUCUUCUCCCACUCCACAGGGAGAAAAGAGACCAAUAAACUUGUACCUUCUCUACCCUCUAGUUCAAAGCUUAGCUUGAUCCCCAUACUUAAUUCUUCCUUCUUGUCUAAAGAAGUCUCUCAUCUGUUUCUGUAGUUCUCUGAAUGCUGAUCAGUUUGAGUUAUUUCUGUGCUUACAAAGUUUGUCUCCUUGUCGCUUAAAAGAUGAAGCCCCCACUCCUUCGUAGAGCAGGCAUAAUUCUUCAUAGCCUGGCCUUUCCAUUUCCUUGUGAUGAUCCAUUCCCGUGCACAACCUCGGCAAAAUGCAGGAUGAUCUUCGGCCAGGUCUGGCUGUUCCGUUCAUUUUAUCUCUGUAAAGGGAACCCAUGUAUUCAAGGUCCCACUCAGAAAAGGCUCUUCUGUUGCCAAGAUAUGCUGGAGCCUACACAUUAGAAUUAUUCUGUGUCUUUGUCCAUCCAUUCAUGUGGUGCUUGUCAUAGUGGGUAUUCUUAAGGCAACUGUCAUUAACUUCCUAGCUGUCCAAGUCACAAGAAGAGAUUGUCCACAUGUUUUUGCAUUUCCUUAGUUGUUCCAAAAUUGUUGGGGUACAAUUUUCUUCAACACAAAUACCUGGUCUCUCUUCUUCCACAAAGGCUCUGAGUUCUCCUUGCGGUUGUCUCUUUCUUCCCUGUGUGCUUCAGGUGACACUGAGUCCUACCCCAGGUUCUCUAGGUUGGCCCAACAGCUAAAUGUGCCAUCAUGGGAUCAACUCAAAGUCUAUGACCAGUGAAAGCCAGUGGCACUUGGUUAGAAGACUGUGAUCGAACCUUCAGGGAAACUGAAUAUGAAAAAGAAAGAGUAUGAUCCAGACCUGGUGUCCUGGUGUCCUAUGGAUAAAGAGAAAAGCUGCUCUUGGUCCUUGUGGGUCUUCAGAACACAUCCCAGUAGGCUUCCGCUGGACCCUUUUGUCCAUAAGCCAAAGGAUUUUCUUUGCAAUAGAAAGGAUCCUAACAUCUAUGGUUAUUUUCCUUUCAGGUUUGAGAUGCAGUAAGUGAGGAAACCCCAUCUACACACUGUUCAAACUGGUUUAGAAUUUUUUCAUUGUUCCAAUUUUUUUUUUUUUUGUAUAGAAUUUCUAAACUUCCCUCGGUCAAGGCAAAAAACUGUGGCCUUACAAGGAUAAAGCCUAUGUUCCGUGCCUACUUGAUAUGCCUAACAAGGGUCUUUGACCUUUGGCCUUUUAACAUAUAGCUCCCUCACUUGGAAUGCUUUUUCUUCUCUUCUUACCUAACUAUAACUUGUACCUCAGAACCUACCUCAGGUGCUGCAUCAUCAGGAAGACUGCUCCCACACCCUAAGUCAGUCCAGGCCAUGCCAGUCUUAGCUUGUCUUGCUUUUAAAACUGCUACAGGGUGACUCCUUGAGGGCAGAAAUGGUCUCAUUUUAGCUUUACAUUUCUAGAGCCCAGCAUAGCCCUUGCCCCAUUAUAAGCGUAAUGAGUGUUUACGAGUGAAUAAGUGAGCCAUCUGAUUCCGUACUCAUUUUACUUGUGGUGGAGAACAUUGUUCAGAGCGAUGACAUGUCCAGUAUCAUUUGGCCGUUUCACCUUUAGUUACCUACAGAGGAAGUUUCAAUGGGAAUAAUAUCUUUAGAAGAAAAAGAUUACUGCCUCAUUUUUUCAUUUAAGUAUGUGUACAUUAAAGCUGUACAUACAUAAAGUAGAAUUCACUUUAAGUGUAUGUACAAAUGACAUGUAUAAAUAAAUGUACCUGUAACACCACUUUCAACAAUUCUGGUAGCAGAAUAUUUACAUCACCCAAAAGAGUUCCCUUUGUGCCCUUCCUAUUCAGUCCCCCACACACUCACUUCAAACAUAGAACUGUGGCUAGCCCUAAAGAUUAGGGUUUCUUCUCUAGAGGCUCCACAUCUGUCCUCUUGUGUCUGCCUUGCUUUACUUGGCAGAAUGUGCUGAGAUCCGCACUGUGGGAUUGGCAGUUCACUGUUGGUUAUUGCCAAAUACACAUCUUCAUAUGGACGUGCAUCUUCCAUUCCCUGAGGCAGCUGCCUAGCAGUAUAAUUUCUAGGUCACAUGUAAGCACUUGUUGACUUUUCUAAGAUGUCUCCAGGUUCUGUUGUGAAGGGAUUCCACCAUUUACAUUCCCACCAACAACCCAAGUCGCUCUAAGUCCUGCUUGUUGUUAAUAGGUGGCCAUGCUUUUCCUGUUAUCUCCUUAGUUAGCUAUAACAGCAUCUUAUUGUGCUUAGUUGCUGUUUAUACAUAAAGUGUUAUUUUAUACUCAGAUAUUUCUUUCAUUUAUUUAUUUAUUUAUUUAU